CACAAUGUGGGCUGUCUGAGGCGCUGCUAACCAUGGCUGUGCUUCCUGCUCCCACUCGCUCCAGCUCGGAACCAGCAGAUCCAAGCUGACUGUCCUCUCUUUCCUCACUGCCCAGGGGAAGGCAGAGGGAACCCUCCGAGCACGUGAUGGAGGACGCCGGGGUACGAUCACGUGAGCCUCGACGCAGCUGCCGCCCUGUGCACAAGCCUCAGCCGCUCUUAAAGACUGCCAUCCGAGCCAACUGUAAACACGCACUGACGUUGGGCCCUGCUGGGGACCCGAACUUGAUGCCAUGGAAAGCUCUGCGGGCUCGCAGCGGCGCCUUUCGGAUUCCCAGAGUGAGGGAGGACACUGAGAAUGACGCUGCCUCGGAGCCCCAGGCCCCUGUGUUGGAUGGUCAGGAUGCCCAUUGGAGGAAUGCGGUGGGUUUCUGGCUCCUGGGCCUUUGCAACAACUUCUCUUAUGUGGUGAUGCUCAGUGCUGCCCAUGACAUCCUUAGGCACGAGCAGGCAUCUGGAAAUCAGAGCCAUGCGGAUCCAGGCCCAACACCCAUAUCCCCUAACAGCUCUUCACGAUUUGAUUGCAACUCUGUCUCCACAGCUGCGGUGCUUCUGGCAGACAUCCUCCCCACCCUCGUCAUCAAAUUCCUGGCUCCUCUUGGCCUUCAUUUGCUGCCCUACAGCCCUCGGGUCCUUGUCAGUGGGAUUUGUUCUGCUGGAAGCUUCAUCCUGGUGGCCUUCUCUCAGUCAGUGGUGACCAGCCUAUGUGGUGUGGUGUUGGCCAGCAUCUCAUCAGGUCUGGGAGAGGUCACCUUCCUCUCACUCACUGCCUUCUACCCCAGGGCUGUGAUCUCCUGGUGGUCAUCUGGCACUGGGGGUGCAGGACUGUUGGGGGCUUUGUCUUACCUGGGUCUUACCCAGGCUGGCCUCUCCCCCCAGCACACCCUGCUUUCUAUGUUGGGGAUCCCUGCCCUUCUGCUGGUCAGCUAUUUCUUGUUGCUCACAUCUCCUGAGCCCCAGGACCCUGGAGAGGAAGAUGAAGCUGAGACUGCUGCCCGGCAGCCUCUCAUAGCCACUGAGGCCCCCGAGUCAAAGCCAGGCUCCAGUUGGGACCUCUCUAUCCAGGAACGGUGGACAGUGUUCAAGGGCCUGCUGCAUUACAUCAUCCCACUGGUGCUCGUCUACUUUGCGGAGUAUUUCAUCAACCAGGGACUUUUUGAGCUCCUGUUCUUCCGGAACACGUCCCUGAGUCAUGCUCAGCAGUACCGCUGGUACCAGAUGCUGUACCAGGCUGGUGUCUUUGCCUCACGCUCUUCCCUCCACUGCUGUCACAUCCGCUUUACCUGGGCCCUGGCUGUGCUACAGUGCCUCAACCUGGCCCUCCUGCUGGCAGAUGUGUAUUUGAGCUUCCUGUCCAGCAUCUACCUCAUCUUCCUCAUCAUUCUGUAUGAAGGGCUCCUGGGAGGCGCUGCUUACGCGAACACCUUCCAUAACAUUGCUCUGGAGACCAGUGACAAGCACCGAGAAUUCGCCAUGGCAGCUGCCUGUAUCUCUGACACCUUGGGUAUCUCCCUGUCAGGAAUCCUGGCCUUGCCUCUGCAUGACUUCCUCUGCCACCUCUCUUGACACUUAGUCUGCCUGGGCACAGCACACACCGACCUUCAAGCAGAUGUGUGGAUCACACACACGGGUCUGCCCAGAGCCCAUCUUUGAGCUCUCACCAGGUUGAGGGGUGGAAAGAGCUAAAGGAUGCCCUGCUACCCUCCAGCAGAGGGCAGCCAUCCACCCCCAAGCUGGUCUUGGGGAGUUUCCUAUCAACCUUGUGACCUUUUAAUAAAUACUGUUUUAUCAGUUA